GACUCAGUAAUUUGCUAGUGAACACUGCUGAAUCUAAUAUAAAAGCAGUCUGGCUGAUACUCAUCCAACUAUAAAACAACAUAAUGAAGUUCUGGUGUGCUCUUGCUUUGCUAUGGAUGGCUUAUUUCUACCAGGGCACUCUGUCCUGCCCGGCACUUUGCAAAUGCUACGACAAUAGAGCUGAGGUGGUCUGUAAUGAGGUCCCCCUGACAGAGUACCCCUCUGAGGGUCUCUCGAAGAACACCACAAUGCUGACCAUCCAGUUCACAAACAUCACUUCCAUCUCCGGGCAGCAUCUAAACGCCACGCCCCUGCUGCAAGGACUCCACCUGUACAGCAACCACCUGCAAAGCCUUUCCUCUGAUCUUCUCAGAGGCGUUCCUCUCCUCAACACUUUGGAUCUCACACAAAACAAACUGUCUGCUCUGCCUGCGAAUGUCUUCAGCCACGCCCCGCUCCUCAGCUUGGUGCUGAAGAAUAAUCAGAUUGAAACGGCUGAUGCUGAGUGGUUUCCCAAUGACAGCAGCCUCAACUGGUUGGACCUAUCUGGGAACCAUUUAAUGAAGAUCCCAGCUGCUCUGCUUCAGAAGCUGCCCCACCUGGAGAAUCUGGACCUUUCCAAAAACCGUCUGGAGAAGAUUUCUAAAAAUUCUCUCGACUUUAUGACCAAACUUGAGAGGCUAAACCUGAAACACAACAAGCUAAUCACCCUGGAUGCAUCUCUAUUUCAGAACACCCAUAACCUCACCUAUUUGUUCCUCACUCGAAAUAAGAUCAAUGAACUCCCCAAAAACCUUUUUCGGGAGCUCACUCAGCUCAAAAUUUUGAGUCUUGAUGACAACCAGCUGAGCCACAUCCCUGACGGUUUGCUGGACCCUCUAAACUCCCUGGAUGAUGAGGGGCUUGACCUGACUGAUAACCCCUGGCUAUGUGAUGGGUCUGUUGAGUACCUCUGGAGGUGGCUUCAGAAGAACAAGAAGAAGGUCUUCCUGCCAGAGAAAAUCUUAUGUGCAAGACCGCAGUCCCUGGCACAGCGCUCAGUGAUGUCACUGACCGAAAGUGAACUAAGGUCUCAGUCUUAACAUAUCAAAUAUGGGUUAUUAUUUAAUAUGGUAAUAUACCCAGCUCAGCCUGUCAGAGCUGUCUUACUUUUCAAUCAACAUUCUCUUUUGUGUAAUGCAAAUAUAUAAUUAAAUAUGAUAUGAGUAAAAAGAGCAUUUAAGAGUCUUUCCUUGUACUUUAUAUGCAGAUAAAUGAAA